AUGUCUACGUCUUUUAAAUUACCUUAUGGUUAUAUGAAUGCUCCUUCAUGGCCAGCUCUUUAUUGGCCAUUUAAUGGAGCAUUUGAUCCAUUUGCUCUAGUUGCUGACAUUCCACAUUCACUUUAUUAUCUACAAGGAAUUUGGGCUUUUAUUAUGCUAACAAAAUCUCACACGCUAAAAUGGUAUGUAUCGAUUAUAAUACCUUUUGUAUUUGUAUUGGGUGGAUCUAUAGCAUCAUUUGCUAUUGGUAGUGUUAUGGGCGUUGCAUUGGCCUUUGUCUAUAAUGCUGGAUUCUUUGUUAUGUCUACUUGGAUUCCAUUUUUAUGGUCUUUAAUUCAUGUUUUGGUUGUAGUUGUAGGAUCCUAUUCAACUAUUACUGCUAUUCUUUAA